AAACAGUAAACUUGUUUCGCUAGAGUUAAGCAGUUCGAAAUGAGGUUUACGGGACUCUUCCUCUUAGUUUUAUCAGCUGCGACGAUCGCUGCGUCCGUGGAGGAUGGUCAAAAACAGAUCGAAAGUGCAGAUGAGGUUGCGAGUGCGAGUGAUGUUGAGGGAGCCGAAUCCGCCAUGCAGGAAGAUCUUGCCCAAUCACCGUCCCAGCGUGUUGAGCGUCAGUGGAAAGUGAAGCCAGUCAAGAAAUCCAUCCCCGGUGGGAGACGCGUCACGGUGCACAUUGUUGAGACGGGCGGUGGCGGUGGCACCAAGAAGAAUGCAAAGGGACCAGCAAAGGCACCGCAGAAGAAGCAGCAGCAGCACAAGAAUGCACAAACAACAACAACCACACCAAGUACACCAGUUAGUAGCACCAAUAAAGUCAAGGGUGGUGGUAGUCAUCGUAUCGAUAGUCAAACCCACUCUGAGGAGAUCCAUGAGAUUAUCUUGCCGGCCGAACAGGAGCUAAUCACGGGACAUUCCGAGCGUUUGGUGCAUUUCCCAAAGUACGAGAUCAUUGCGGCGGAUGCGGAAUCCCAGGAGAGUCGGAGGGAGGAGCCAAGGGAGAAGAUUAAGAUAAAGCACCACCAUCACCAUCAUCAUCACAAUCAUGUGAAAACGGUGGUGAAGAAAGUGCCCGUUGAGAUACCCGUUGAGAAGUUGGUGCAUGUCCCCGUGGAGAAGCUCGUGCAUGUGCCCAAGCCGUACCCUGUGGAGAAACUCGUUGAGAAGGUGGUGCAUGUUCCCGUGGAGAAGAUUGUUCACGUCCCAAAGCCCGUGCCCGUGGAGAAGAUCGUCGAGAAGGUGAUACACGUUCCUAUACCGAAGAUUAUUGAGAAACCCGUACCGUAUGAGAAGAUCGUUGAGAAAAUUGUGCAUGUGCCGAAGAUUGUGGAGCGUGAGAAGAAGGUUCCAGUGGAAAUUAAGGUCCCGUACCCCGUGGAGAGAGUCAUACACAUCCCCAAGCCCUAUCCAGUGGAGAAGAUUGUGGAGAAAGUUGUCCAGAUACCCAUUCCAAAGCCCUACCCCGUUGUUAAGCACGUCCAUGUGCCCGUUGAGGUGAAGGUGCCCGUUCCAGUGCACAAACCCGUACCCGUACCCGUUGAGCGUAAGAUCAGAGUCCCCGUGAGGGUGGAGAAGAAGGUGAAGGUACCUGUUCCGUUCCCCGUGAAAGUGGAGAUUGAGAAGAAGAUACCUGUGCCGUAUCCCGUGAAGAUCCCCGUAAAGGUCUACAUCCCCCAGCCGUAUCCAGUUGAGAAGAAGGUUGAGGUGAAGGUGAAGGACUACACGCAGGGACCAUCAUCGCACAAGAGUACGUACCACAAGGAUACGUCUUACCUACGGGAUCCAUACCCGAAAGAGACAUCUUAUCCAAAAGAUAUCUAUCCAAAAGAACAAUACCCAAAAGAAUCUUACACAAAAGACUCUUAUAUUAAGGACACCUACAAGCAAUCAUCAUCGGAGGACUACUCACCCCACCACAGCUACACAUACUACCAGCCAACGCAGUCAACCCAUGAUCAGACACCCUAUGGCACUGAUGACUCCUACCCCCUCUACAGCCAUCCACCACCGCCGUCGCAACCAGCGGAGCACAUCUACAGCGUUGAGUCAGCCUACACCGUGCCCACGUACUCAAAUGACUACCAGAAGCAGGAUAGCUUCUUCGACAAUGCCCAGGCGCGCAUUCAACCCAUCUCGCUCCCGGACUCCGAUGCAUCGGCAACGGAACACGGGCAGCAAUUCACAAUGGCCGUAGCGCCACCGCAGGACGCCACGGGCUUCCAAAUAAACGUGCCAGAUCCCAGUAGUCAAGUUGACCCCAUGGGCUUCACCGGUGGCGACACUAUCCCGCAGUACGAUGCCGCUUUCCAGCCGCUGCAUCUCCUGCACCUGCACCCCUCCGACGAUUUCCACGGUAUCUCCCCCGAGGCCACGGGAUUCUCAAUUGCUGCGCAAGAGUGAACAAGCACGCGUGCUGUACGUGAGUCUGCCCCACAACAAAUGAACCAAAGAUGAUUUAUUUUGUAGUAAAUUGAACCUCCCCAGAGGGACACCGAGACUGCCACAAAAUGCUACGAGUUUAAGUCUUAAAAUUAGUAGUUUUUUUUUUUAACAUACAUUUUAUGCUUUUAUGCUCUUAAACAUAAAAAAUUCUCCAACCAUAAAGACACACUAUUCAUGCUCUUAAACAACACUACACAUUCCAACUUCCUUCUCUUCUCUUUCUAGCUCAUAAGCUUUUCCCGUGUGAAGAUGAAAAUGGGUCUCAAUGAGGAAAUGGGGAAAGGAAAAAGAUGAAGAAAAAACUGGUGAGAAUACAUUCUCGAUUCUCCCAGAGAGAACAUUGACUACCUACCAUACGUUUGUAGUAAUUAAUUAACGUAACGAAGAGCAGAGGAUGAAGAAAAAAAACGUUGAAAUUGGAGAAAAAACAAACUUGCAAUGAAAAUCGUGUAAAUGUGAUAAAAUGAGAAAAUGAUGAAAAAAGAUACAAAAUAAAAAAAAAUAUUUAAUUU